AUGGAGCUGGAAUUGAACAAGAGCAGUUACGAGGAGAGGAAGAUGGGCAGCAGGAGAAUGAAGGCAGUCAGAGUGAGCAAGGACGAGGUAUCAGGCUACUUGUGGAAGGGUGGAGUGAGACAGGCUGAUUUGAGGUGGUUGAAACAGAUUAAGAGAGUAAACAGCAACGAAUUCCUGGUACUGGUUGGUGAUGAAUUUGGUAGCAAUGAGACUCAGAUUGAGACUGUGGCUGUUCCUACCUUCCAGCCACUCACGGAUGAGCAGGUGGCCGAUGCAAACAGCCUCUGGCCCACUUUGUACAAAAAGAAGGAAGAAGCCAAGGAAUCCUUCAUAUCCCGCGAUACUGUUGAAAUUGAGGUGGAGAGAAUGAGACAGAACCAUCCAAAACAGACCAAAUGCGUCGAAUACGCCGUCUUCAUCGACCACAACACCCUCAUCUCCCGAUUCAGCCUGAAACCAGGACCAGUCUCCCUCUUAGACCGAAUCUUCAGCAGUCACAUUUUGCUGAAUUCGAUCACGAAGGUGUCUCAGCACCAAAAUGGAACGCACCUGUGCACUGGAACUGACCUGAUUCUGAGCAACGAGCCCUGCUACUCGUGCGCAAUGGCCCUGAUCCACUGUCGAAUUGGAAAUGUGGUGAUUUUGAGAAAGAGGGAAAAUGGCGUAUUUUCCAGGUGGAAACUGAACCAAAACGAGAGCACGAACCACCGCUUCAAAGUGUGGUUUCUGAGGUAG